AUGACAAGACCGGUGGGCGAUAGGCAGGUCGUGGCCGACCUUCUAAAACACAUCACUCUACUGCCCACCCUCGACCUUCUUGCCCCACAGACUUCCGCUCGAGACGCUCCUCGCUACUCAUCCUCCUCUUACCUCCCUUCCUCGGACCAACUGGACAUGAUCAAGUCGAUCCCGUAUGCCCUCGACUUCAAGGCGGACAAUUUUAAAGCUCACUUGAACGCUGUUCUGGACAGAUCUCUCUCCUCCAUUGCCGCAGUCGCGGACGCCGCCAUCCCGGUCCUCGACGCAUCGCGUACCGAGGCAGCAAUCUAUGCCACGAGACCCAAGUCAGGAGAGUUGGGAGUCACCGACUUCUUCUGUCGAUUCGUUCUUGGACCCAUCAACCACAUCCUGUUCCUCAUGCUCAAGGGCACUGGCCAAGACCUUUACUGGGAUAUUGUUGGAAAUGGUCCAACGGGCAAGCCAGAUGUACAACUGCUGUGGCGUGCUUCUCGUUCUGCCCGGCCGACUCCGGUGGUCGUAGUGGAGUUCAAGACCAAACAUGCCUUUCCGAAUGCGGCGAUGGACGAUCUCCUAGAUGCUGUUGCCGACCGUAGCCUCGUCAUUUUAACAGACGGCAGCACAGCACUUCGGUUGGAUCUACAGACGGCCAGAGACCGCAGGCCCAAGUAUUGCCGCGUCGUCGAUCAACAUGUCAUUAACAUCAGCGCGCCGGUGUUGACGACGCACCUUGCUUCAUCUCCAGCGGGCAUGUUGCUCGGUGUAAGCCUUGCGGCGAUUUUGGAUCGUAGUCCGUCUCUUCGCAGCGUCCUCCAGCCAGCAGCUCCAGGCCCAAGCAACACAUCUGUGGUCACCCCACACCCGUCCUCAGAUUCUGGACCAUCCUCUUCCAUGCCCCCACCAGCACUUCCCACACGCACUUCAAAGCGCCCCAGAACACAGGGUUCAGUGGCAACGUCGACCACCACCUCGGCAGCUACCUAUCUUACAAAGGCCCCAACACCUCCAAUGGCGGAGCUAACCGUUCUCAAGCAAGACCACACCAAACCUCAGCCUCUGUCACCGACUCCGCCACGCGAGUCAUUGCAGCUGCUAGGCACUCUCCGCAUGUGUGGAAUGCCAGAUCAAGAUGAAUAUACACUACACAUGUCAGUGUACAAGACAUUCGUCCAACAUGAUGAACACGACUGCCCCAACAACGCCGUUGUCAUUGACCGAGAUUUGUUAGGUCAAGGCACUUUGUGGAGGGUGUAUACUGCAACUAUACACGCCGCGGGGUCACCGCCGCGCCGUUGUAUGGCCAAGCUCCUGCACACCCACGACGUCAAUGGCUAUCCGGAAACCGACCGCCGUUCGAGCACGUACCCUACGGCCAAGGAAGCGCUCACAGCUGCUGCACGCGAGGUCGGAGUCCUCCAGCGCGUCGCGGCCACUGUGCCAGCAGUGGCGCCACGCGUUUUCGGACACGGCCAGCUGUCCAAUGCCUACUGCGUGAUCAUGGACGACGCUGGGGACCAACUGCCGCUAAGCUAUGCGACUGACCUGGACUAUCAGGACCGUAUCCGCAACAUGUAUGGCAGCCUCCACGCCGUUGGUGUUGUCCAUGGCGACGUUGAGUGGAGGCACAUUCUACGCAAGGACGACAGACUGUUCAUCAUCGACUAUGACAGAGCGCUGGUUCAAGAGGAAUCCGAGGAGGAUGGGGUGUGGGACCGGUGGAAAGCUCGCGAGCUGGCCGAUGUCCAGACCAUGUUCAGAUACAUGUCGGAGCUGGCUGCUGAUGGGUACGACCAAUUGCUGUAG